UGUUAUUUGUUCUUGCAGCUACACAUAAUAAUGAUUACUGAUGUUCAUUGUUCACAAAUAUUUAAAAUAUUACGACAAAAGUAGUACUCUGUUAGCAUAAUGUUGUAGAAAUUGUAAACUCAGUUAAGAUGAAUUUAAUGCGCAAAUUGCGUGGGUCGUCGGCUUCGACAUCAUCGGAGCCAACGGAGGCCGCAAACUCCUCGUCUCAUGUACAAUUAGGCUUGAUGCAUUUGAAGAAGCUCUUUUCUGAAUAUACUCACCCGCCCCAACCACUCACAGAGCCUGAAAAAGAUGAUAAGCUGUAUAAUAUGCUACCACUAUUUUGUAAGGUAUUUGGAUCCAGUCCGUCAACAGAUAUGAACGAAAAAUUUUGGGACAUCUUGUCAUUUUGUCAGCAAGUCUCCAAGUUGAUGGUAUCCGAAAUACGCAAGAGAGCCAGCAAUCAGAGCACAGAGGCAGCUAGCUGUGCGAUUGCCAAGUUUCUAGAGAUUGAAAAUUCUGAAGAGUCAAGUAACGGAUGGAUGUUAUUGUCAACACUCAAUCUCUUAGCGACUGGCGAUCAGUCGCUUAUUCAAGUGAUGACAACAGCGGCUAUCCCAUCAACAUUAGUCAAAUGUUUGUAUUUAUUCUUUGAUCUCCCGGAGAUACCGGAGGCUGAGGCAGAUGUACACGAUGACAAUAGCGAAUUUACACCGAGGGAAAGAAGGAUAUUGCUGCAAAAGAUUUUUGUUCAGCUGUUGGUAAGAUUGACAAGUCACUCCAUUCCAUGUGAAGAGCUGGCUCGGAAAGAUGAUUUGAGCCUGUUAUUUUCUGCUAUAACGUCGUGGUGCGCACCUUACAAUAUGAUGUGGAGGAAGUCGGCUGCUGAAGUGCUGAUGACGUUAUCUCGUCAUGGUCUGACUCAGUCUGUCGUACAGUAUAUUCACACAAAAGGAUGUGUCGGCUUAUGUGUUGAAAAUAUGCAAAAGAUACCGGAAUUAACGCCAUUAGAGGUUGUGGAAAUGUUUGUGGCUGUUUUCUGUUUCCUAAAAGACUCCAGUGAAGUCAGUCAAUUAUUACUGGAUGACUUUAGAUCAUCUCAAGGAUAUCUUUUUCUUUCUGAAUUCCUACUCAAGUUUUCAAUUUUUAUGUUUGUUAUUGUCACAGACAUGAGCGACAAGAUGUGCCUGAUUAUAUGACCUCAGGGUUGGACGAGGAACGCGUCAGCGGUACCGAAGCACGGGCAGCGUUACGUAACCUGGUGCUGAUGAUAUCGUCACUGUGCGCUUGUGGGUUUUCUGAGCUCCGACCCACCAGGGCCAACACGGAGAUAUUCCAGCUCCAG